GUAAAACAAAUACAUUACGAAGUUGACCGAAUCCAGAGUAAUGUUGAUGUAGAAACGUAUUUGAACAAGAUUGUUUGUGGAGAGAUUACCUCCGUUCAUCACUGAUUGCGUGUCCUCACCUCUGUGUACAUUCCUAUUGAAGCAGCUCGGGCAAUGGUGGCUUCCAUCAGCAAUUAUUUUAUUGCCAUACAAGGAUGUGGGUUUGCAGGAAGAGACCUGAUGACCUUUGAAUGUUGUGCAUACUUAUAAAAAGGAUGACUGGGUGCAAGUAUCUUUCUUCACGAGGUGGUUUGCGACCGUUUUCAACGUCCACAGAGACAGUAUCGACUCACCUGGAAAGUUUGGAUUAUAUAUAUAUAAGCUUAUUGUUAUUCUUGGUGAUUAAGUUAUCAGAAACUGCUUUUAUUGCUGUUCUCAAAGCAGGAAUACAGAGAAAGAUGCCUUCUGAGACGAUUCUUGAAGCUUUGAAACCUUUCCUUGGUUUGCUUUUCCUUUCUGGUCUCUACACUAUGCCUGCCAUGGAUAUUUCGUGGAGGCGGUUUCUCAUCAAAUCAUUUCUGAACCUGGCUUUGGUCUCCAUGAGUGUGGCAAUGACAGGAUACACACUGUAUGUAGUGGUCGUGCACUCCAUAUCAGACAUUAGUCAGGGAGGAUACUUCACCUUUCAUCUGUACAUGUUGACAAGCAGGACUGGGCAGCUCUUCUGUGCACUGGUCUACCCUCUCAGUGCCUCCACAUCGCUGAGAAUUUUCUUGGCAGAACUGAACACAUUUCUUGAAAAAUACCACAUCAACUUUGUUGGAACGAAAAUAAGAUAUCUGUUUCUUGUAUUUUCGUUGUCUGUAUUUAGCUUUUCGGUUUCUGUGGCAUCUGCAGCUGCGUUCCGGGCAGGGGGCGAAAUUCUGCUGGAGACUAACUUUUUACAGGAAGCUCCCAUGAUCAUGGCGUAUGGGGCUUUGUAUUUCACUUUUAUGCAAGCCAUAUGCUUUUUUACCAUCUACCUUGUAGUUUGGGGUUUUCUUCAAGCACAAGCAAACUACUUGUCGAGGGAGGUUCGAUCACUCUGCAUGAAUGCCUCUUUACAUCCACUUACCUCCCUUGUUGAUGACCUGGAGCGAUGUCGCACAAUGCACGUGGAGUUGUGUGCGUUGGUUAGAAAAGGCAGUAAGGUGGUGUGUCCUUACCUGGUCAACACGUACGGAGCCGGGAUUCCCACCUUGCUGUUCAUCAUCCACAGCCUCAUCUACAAGUACUUCUCCAUGUCUGAUGUCACCAUCAGGCUGAUGUUUGUUUCGUUGAUUCUGUUAUUCGCCGCCGGAGUCACCAUCACGUCUGUCGUCCUGAAUAAAAAGAUGCAUGAACCUGCAGAAUAUCUGUAUCAUCUGAAUAUUCAGAAAAUGACGGACAAAGGAAAUGAAGUGGUGUCAAUGUUUCUGUCCAGACUUCAAGGACCUUCUAUUGGAUUUAAUGUCUAUCAUCUGUUUACUAUUGACGCUUCCACUGUACUAAUGGUGUGCGGCACCAUUCUCACCUACGCCGUGAUCAUCCUGGAGUUACAGCCGGGCACUUCAGCCACGGAAUUUGACGGGGCUGCUGCCUUGGUCUCGCGAGACACGACGAGUUUUCCUCCUGAUUCCAAGAACCCCAACAUCACAGACUAGUCCUGUUCCCUCACAGGCCAUACAUGACUCGGGUACUAGGUACGAGGGUACUAAGUCUCCUAGAAAAUCUAGACCACCCGUCGCUACCUACAGCUUACAAGGAGAGAAAAGUGGCUAGCGUUUUCAUGACCUUUCAGUUUUGCAUUUAUUACAGUGCGGAUCGUCUGCUGUCAUCUUUUUUGUCUCUGAAAUAGCGGUGACACUUGCUUCAUGGUCAGGCACUUUCGAGAGACACCUUUUAUUUGCAAUGAUUAGAUGCACGUGCAUUAUGUGUGUGUGUGUGUGUGCGUGCGCUUGUGCGCUUAUCUGUUUGUGUUCCCCUAUGUAGUGUGUGCUCGCGCGCGAGCAUAUUUGUGAAUGGAAAAAAAAAAAGGUUUCAAAGGGAGAUAAAAAUGGAGGUGUCGUGGAGGCAGCAUCGGAUCGAUUACUUCCCCUGACUCCAAUACAUGCAGGCCACGAUUUCUCUCGAGGCCUACUGCCUUUUGUGUUAAUUCGCUGUUAGCUAGUUCUUGCCAUUGUAAAACCGUUGCUGAUGAGCAAACAUAAACAACUAAUAAACAGAGGGCACUGAAGUUUUGAUCAUUAUUUACUGCCGUCGAUCGUGUUCAGUGUUUUUCUCACUUUUUUGUCUAAAAGUUCAAAGCUCGUUAAUCGUAAAGGAGUCGUGUUCCGUCACGACAACGUGAGUCCACACACACGUUUCAU